AUGACCCACGUCCUUUGCGACCAAUACAUCAUUGACAAGAAGAAAGCACUCGAAUCGCCUCAUAGACCGCUGUCACAAUUUGAGGAAACAACACUGACUUCACAAUUGAUCAUACCACGAGACUAUGAUGGAGUGGCUACAGAAAUCAAUGAAGAAACGAUAUUCAAUGUGACGGAAGGUGACGUAACUGAGCACGUGGAAACAACCGGUAGUCGUGACUCUAUCUACAACUCUACGUCAGUAGCGACUGAUUCUAUCAAACCGUCAGGAAGAACAGAGACGAUCACUUCAACAGCAGAUCCGCAGACGUUCACCCAUGCAUUAAUAAUGUCAUCAAGUACACCACAACUCAAAACGGCAAGUACAACAACAAGUAUGGAAACACUGGGCAAUCCCCAACUUACCAGAAAUAGUGGGCACUUUGCAAACGUACAGAAAGAAAAUUAUGCCCAAACCUUCCCCACGGAAACUUCUAUUGAGAUUACGAGCACAUCAACGGUUUCAGCCCCACCGACAAACUUAGUCACAAUUUACGUCUCCACGCAAGAAUCUCAAUUUGUUCCGGAGAAAACUCCUUCAGUGGAUUCAUUGGGGAAUUUUUCACAUAUUCUUGCUGUUUCAACCAAUCGGCCGUUACCAAAAGUUCUGGUCAACACAGAAAAGUUGCCUAGAAAUGAAAACUUUGGUAUUUCUACACCUAGUAGCCCAUACGAAGAUGUAGUGUGGUCUCCUUUGCUUCAAUCGCAAGAAAAUCGCUCAUAUAAACCACUUAAAAUGAUCGUAAAAUCAAUGAAGCAAAGAGCAGUCAACAGAAAGCUAAGAAACUUCUCACAUUCCAAUAAGACUGGUGCUGCAACAGCUCGCCUUUCAGUUAUUCAGAACAAACGGCAAAGGAAAUCACGGGUACGAAUGAGGAUGCAAGGAACAAAAAGACCACAAGCGAACCGGAUGAGAAAUCAGCACCGAAAAGUAGGCGAAAAGACGAGAACAGAAAGAAAGAGUGGAUCCUACCAGAAAAGGAGCAGUUUCCAACGUCAAAUUGGAAGACUAAUGUGA